UAUGUCCACCUUUGCCUUCGUUCCACGCUCCGUGAAGCGGAAGAAAGUAGAGGCCGAAACUAGUGCACCCCCAAGCACAUCGACGUCAUCUCCAGCACACCCACACAGCCAAGUGAGUAGCACAAUUCCUUCGGCACCGUCACUCGCUGGAGCUCAGAUCGCAAGAGGGGAGUCUCACUUGAAUGACUUGAACCAAGGGCGGGACGUGAAAGAGACGAACAGACAGGACACAGAUAAGGACGCUUCGCGAACGGGCGCAUCUAUCAGGCCAUCGAGACCGUCAGAUACUGCUGCUGGCGCGUCAAAGACGCUCGACGCGUUCGACCUCGUCGCUCUCGUCUCUCUUGCGCUCUCCGACUACGCCCUAUGGGCCGACGUGGAUCUCCGUCGCAAGAUCGACUGGAGCUCAGGAGCUGGUGUGAACACUGUUGCCAAUACGGAGGGAAUCACGAAUGGAGAAAGCGCGAAGGCAACCCAACACGAAUCUCAUGGAGAUAUACCUCUAGCUUAUCUAUUUCGCCAUUCGCCUGUCAUUCGUUUAGUUUCGACCUUUUCCAUGUUUUCAAAUCAACCAGAAACUGCAUAUGUGAAGGCAUUGCGGACCCAUGCGUCCGAGAAUAUUGAUGUAAGGUUGAUAGUUUCGCCAGAACCUUCAACCACCUUUUCGAGAAAGUGGACCUCGGUUGGGACUGGAUACGAAACUCGGAGGAAGGAUCCUACCCGCAUAGAGCAUACCAAGGCCGAGUGGGAUGGACUUACGGUGUAUAUGGAGAAUAUUCCGCUUCAGCAUCGCAAUCUCCCUGGAAUUGUCAAGCUUGUCACAGCCCUAUUGUUAUCUCCAUCCGACACCAUCUAUUCACGUCUAGCAAGAGUCCAACAUAUCUCCUUCCCGCCACAUCACAAAGAUCAGCCUGGCGACAUUCCAAUGUGCAAAGGCUUCGCUUUGGUGAUUCUAUCCCACAAAACCGAUGUCGAGAGGCUUCUCAAGGACUGGCCAUGGGAUACUACUCCGGAAUCCCUGUCAACGCCCAAAGAGAAGAUCCCGAUGGAGGUCGACGAUGACCAGAGUGAGGCUGAGUGCAAAGCCGCACGACAAUUUGGUUUGCGUGCUAUAAGCAAGGCACGUUGGGAGGCGCUCAAAGCGGAGUAUCUCCUUUACCGGCAACAGCUCGUCGACGAACUCAAUCGAUUCCAAGACGAGGUCAUCGAGGCCGCACAACAGCAUGGUUCUAGUGUAUCCAAGGGGGUCACCAAGACCGACGAACGGAACAUUGACGAUGUCAAUUUCCGACCCGUUAUUGAUUCUUCUUCAGAAGAGAAGGCCAGCCAAAGCCAAGCCUAUUACCCCAACGUGCCGCCAUCCGUCAUCCGGACUUGUCAGACCACGGCAGAGGAACACAACCGGGCAGUGCAGACGCCGUCAUCACCUAGCAUCCAUCUGGGCUCUCGAUUCCCCUCUGGAUGCCUCGUCUUCGUUCGUAACAUCCACCCGGAGACGAACAAGACGACGCUGAAGACGUUCUUCUCGAAAGCUUGGAAACUUGAACCGACGGUCACGGGUGGUAGCUCCGAAAAUGCGCUCGAUUAUAUCGACUAUACGAAGAACAUGGACACGUGCUAUAUCCGCCUCAGCACGCCCUUGCACGCCUCACACCUCGUCGAGCACUUCACUGCCCAUGCCGCGAGUCAGUCAUCCGGGCUAGAUGCGGCCAGCACACCCCUCACGCCGGAUCAAGCAGAAUCAAUGCCCGUCUCCCCGGAGCUGGUGCUCGGAAAGCGGGAAGAGCUGUAUUGGGACCUUGUCCCAGAAAAAGUACGCAGGCAAGCAGUGGAGAAGGCGUUGAAGAUGAUGAGAGGCUAUGCGGAGGAGAGUGGUAGGCAUGGGAACAAGCGUGAGCUGGGCGAAGAGGAGAGAGGAGGAGAGAGGAAGAAGCGACGGAGGAGAAAGUA